CAUACACCAGCAGGAAAUGGAGGACUGUGACGAUGAUGAUGAUGAUGAUGAGCGUGUCGCGGCAGCGGACUGGAGGCAGCAGAACUGGGAGGAGAAACGACCAGCAGGCGGCCACAAGCGACAGCGACAGCGACAGCCACAACUUAGACAUUUUAAAAAUACAGAAGCUUUCUCGGGAUCCGGUGCAUCAGCAGCUGAGGAUGAGCGACGCGAAGCAGCCCAAAGUGGAACUUUUUGUCAAGGCAGGGAGUGAUGGUCAGAACAUCGGAAACUGUCCCUUCUCCCAGCGUCUCUUCAUGGUGCUGUGGCUGAAAGGAGUCACCUUCGAUGUUACCACAGUGGAUAUGAAGAGAAAGCCGGACAUCUUGAAGGACCUGGCCCCGGGAGCCCAGCCUCCCUUCCUGCUUUAUGGCAGCGAAGUGAAAACGGACACCAACAAGAUCGAGGAGUUCAUGGAGGAUAAUCUCUGCCCUCCAAAGUAUCCCCGUCUGGCUGCUCGUAACCCGGAGUCCAACACAGCAGGCAUGGAUGUUUUCUCCAAAUUCUCUGCUUAUGUAAAGAACUCAAACCCUCAGACCAAUGAAAAUCUAGAGAAAGGCCUGCUCAAGGCUCUGAAGAAGCUGGAUGACUACGUUGGCUCCCCUCUUCCUGACGAGAUCGACGAGAAUAGCGCUGAUGAUCUAAUUUCCUCGUCCCGCCCCUUCCUGGACGGCCAAGAGCUUACUCUGGCUGACUGCAACUUGCUGCCUAAGCUCCACAUCGUGAAGGUGGUGUGUUUAAAAUACAGAAACUUCAGCAUCCCUCAGUCUCUGACAAACCUCUGGAGGUACCUGAACGCAGCAUACGCCAGGGAGGAAUUUUCCUCCACCUGCCCUAGCGACAAUGAGGUGCACAUCGCCUACUCCUCUGUAGCCAAAGCUCUCAAGUAGGAGCACGACAGGAUGCACAUGUCGUUACUUAACCUGCACAAAAGAACACACAAUUGCUCACCUGCACACACCAAGCAUUCACUCUGCGAGCAACUCGGCCGACUUGUUUCUCAAGAGCCUUCCAUUGCAUCAUUCUUUGCAGCUUUAAAGGUUAUGUGGGAAUAUUCUGACAAGUCAAUAUAGCUGGUUUACUACCAUCAGAAUAUACACUGGGGUUUGUUUUAUAGAGGUUUGUUCAUGUAGUUAUCCUGCUUUUUGUUUGCCACGUGGAUCAGUUCACAACAAACACAAACACACACACACACACGCACAAAAAAAGAGUCAGCUGUGGCUAAGUCUAUUCCAAGUUUUCCUGGACAUUCACCUCUUUGGGAAAUUAAUUAUUGAUCACAUUGCUUGCAGGCUCACACACGCAUAUAUAUAUAUAUAUAUAUAUAUAUAUAUAUGUAUGUAUGUAUGUAUGUAUGUGUGUAUGUAUGUAUACACACACCGUGCAUAUACUUAAAACUACAGUUUUGCUUGUGUAAAGCUUCAGCAUCAGUAGAUACACAUUGUAAAGUUGUUUCCUGUUCCGUUCUUGAUGUUUCCUCCUUUAUAUCUUUGUAUUUUGGGGAUGGACUUAUCAGACACAAAGCUGCCUACCAGAUCAAACUUUUACUCUUACCGUGCAAGCUUCACACAGACCGAUCCAACUCGUUUGUUUCAGUCUUGGUAUAAAGGAAGCAGACGCAUGCGUACCAUUGCCAGCUCAACUGCCAAAAGUCAGGUGAUUUGUCUGUAAUCACAAGGCUUCACAUUGUUUCAUUACCGAGGUUACAAGGCUUUGAACGGUUGUGGUUUUAUUAAAUAACUUCAGAAAGGAAGUGAGGUGCUUUUUCCUCUGCGGCCUGCAGACCCAAGUCUUGCUUUCGGGGAGGCAGAAAACGGUUAUAGAGACAGGAAACCAUUUCAAUAGACUAGGGCUUCCCCUUUCUGCGCUCCCAUAGCAGGCACUAAGGAUUAUUCAAGAUGACCACGCUUGUUUGUGAUCCACUGCCAAUCUCUUGUUGACCGUUUAUUUUGUUCUGCCUGUCAUGUACGAAAGGAUCCUUUUUAAUAUUGUAUAAAAGAAGUAGCUCAGAUUGUGAGCGUAUUAAAGUUAAAAGCUGAAAGCACUCGUACUACUUCCUCUGGUAGCUCACAUAGCACAAGACCACAGAUCGGACACACCCUUUUUCGUGAACAACAUGCAUAAGGAGCAGCGAGUCUGUUUCAAACAUGAUGACUCGUUUUAAAAUCAGCCUCCAUUUUUACACUUGUCCACUAUGAUGGAAGUUAUUUUUGUGAGGAUAUUCACUAUGAUGUCACCCAGUGCAACAAUGUGGCUCAUUAAUGCCUUUCUGGCUCAAGCGAUGGUUCAGUUUUUUUCAUGGGAAUUGUUGACAAUUAGAAACAUUUGUAACUGCACUAGACUUACCCUUGAAUUAAAAACCUUGUGUAUUGAGUGAUUUCAGGCUCGUAAAAGGGAUUUGAAAUGAAACCGCUGGGAAGAACUGGAACCAAUAAGAACACGUCUUGUCCGACCGUAGCCGCCGCUUGUGUACAUGUUUUUUUUUUUUUAUUCAUCACAGCAACUCUGCAAAUGUACAUUUAUGGAGCCGGUUUGCAAUUAAGACUUCAAAUAUACACUAGGUCUGUUGUUGUAAAGAUAGCAUCAUUAAGUGUCAUGUCUCAGAUUAUUAGGGUGAAGCUCUUUCAAAUUAUUUUUUACCUAAGUGCAAUUCAAGCCUUUUGAAAAGACAAUCUUGUACCUCCAGUGGGAGUACAGUUAGUUAUUUGUCUACAUGGUUUUAGUUCAAUCCUUCUUUUGAGGUGUAAAACAAGUGUCGAUCAAAGAGAUGAUACUGUAUAUUUUAUAUUGACUGAAUGGUUGUGGAUUUCAUCUAUUUUCUAAAUAUGGAACCACAUUUAAAGGGACCGUGUCUGAAUCAUUUCAGUAUUUUAGUAUUUCUUCUAAAGCGUGGAAGAGUUUUUCACUUCUUACUGUCACACAGAAUUUCAGGGACCAUUUAACUUGAUAUACUCAUUCAAAAUGUUAUCUUUAGAUUUUUUUUUCCCCACUUCACUGUUUUAAAAGAAAAUCUUCCCUUCAUGUAUUUUCUUUAUGAAAUUUAAUUGUUUUUGACUUUGUUUCCUACCCAUCUGAAUUCCCCUAUAAAUAUUGUUACAUUUUGGUGUGUUUUUUCAUGUAGUCAUAACCCACACUGAAAAGUCCACGUAAACUAAACCAGUAGAUUAAGAUAACCAAUGAAGUCAAUCAAACUAAUAGCACAGCUGAAAUGUUCGUUGUGCUUAAAAGUCCUUAUAAAGACACAUUUAUUAAUAUCCCAAUAAAGAAAUAUCUUGAUAAUCAA